CGCUGGGGCCUGUUAUCCAAAACAAGAUCCCUCAGAGCGUGGUGGCGGUCACAUGAUCUCGACAGAUGACCUGGAGUACCCGCGGGAGUACCGGACACUGGGGAACGGGACGCGGCGUUUCUCCAACGUGGGUCUGGUGCACACCUCGGAGCACCGCCACACGGUCAUCGCCGCCCAGAGCCUGGAGGCCCUUACCAACCUGCACAAGGUGGACAUGGAGCGCAAGAGGGACGCCUUCAUGGACCACCUGAAGAACAAGUACCCGCCCCAGUUGCAGCACCCCGGGCACCAGCACCACAACCCCCCCUCGCCCUCACCCUCCCACGGCAGCAUGAGGCAACCUGACAGAGAGCGAGCCGCGCGCGAACAGCAACAACCCAACUACUGGAGCUUUAAGGUCAGUGCUAGUCGUAGCCCGCGUCACUCCCAGUCCACCCAGUCUGGGCUAGCUGACCAGGCUGCUAAGCUGUCCUUUGCCUCGGCUGAGUCUCUGGCUGAGACCAUGUCUGAGGCUGACAUCCCCCUGGGGUUCAGCCGAACCAACCGCUUCCGCCAGAGUCUGCCCCUGUCUCGCUCAGCCAGCCAGAACAAGCUGCGCUCCCCAGGCGUGCUGUUCCUGCAGUUUGGGGAUGAGACGCGGCGGGUGCACAUCACCCACGAGCUGAGCAGCCUGGACACGCUGCACGCCCUCAUCGUGCACAUGUUCCCCCAGAAGCUGACGGCGGGGAUGCUCAAGUCCCCCAACACGGCCAUCCUGAUCAAGGACGAGGCGCGCAAUGUCUUCUACGAGCUGGAGGACAUCCGGGACAUCCAGGACCGCAGCAUCAUCAAGAUCUACCGCAAGGAGCCCAUCUACGCCUCCUACCCCGCCACACACCUGGUCAACGGGGACCUGAGGAGGGAUCUGGUGUACACAUCCCGAGAGUCCUCCCCUACCCGCCGCCUCAACACCCUGCCCUCCUCCUCCGCCUCACCCCCCUCCGGUUCCCCAUCCCGCUCUCGUCUGUCCUACAGUGGGGGGCGGCCUCCUUCCUUCGCCGGGCCGGGUAGUCACCCCCAGCACCAGCAGCACCCCCAGCAGCACCAGCCCCAGCAUUCCCACCACCCUGGGGCUGGCUCCCACCACGGGGGCCCCAAUGCUGGCCUGUCCUCCUCCCCUAGCGCCAUCCUGGAGCGUCGUGACGUCAAGCCCGACGAGGAGGUGUCUGGGAAGAACAUGAUGUUGGUGAAGAACGAGGGGUUGUAUGCUGACCCCUACAGCCUGGUACACGAGGGCCGCCUCAGCAUCGCCUCUACACAGUCACUGGCUGCCAUCGGAGACCCCUUCGGCUUCCCUGUGUCAGGUGGGCUGUACCGCCGUGGCUCUGUGCGCUCCCUCAGCACCUACUCUGCUGCCGCCCUGCAGGGGGAGCUGGAGGACGCCCUGUACAAGCCUGGAGGUCCCGUCUACUCCGACUCCUACUCCUCAGCCACACUGGGCAUGGGCUUCCGUAUGCCCCCAUCCUCCCCACAGAAGAUCCCUGAUAUGCAGCUGAGGGACAGGGGGGACUCAUACUCCAGCUCCCCCAGUCGAGCCUCCCCGGUCAGGCAGACCUUCCGCAAGGACUCAACCUCCUCUUCCAUGUUUGUGGAGAGCCCCAAGUCCAGGCCCAGUUCCAGCUCUGACCCUUUGGCCCUGCAGGCCGGGUCGGGAGGGGACGGGAGCAGGUUUGCGCCCGGGUACAGCUCCCCGCUCCCUGGAGAAACUUCUGAGUCCAGGGAUCGUAUGGAGCGUCUGGACCGUAUGGAGGCCAUGGAGAAACAGAUAGCCAGUCUGACAGGCCUGGUUCAGAGUGUACUGACCAAAGCACCCGACAGUGACAGCACAUGCGGCCUACUGCGUCUCUGCAUGAUGGCGGGCUGCCCUCCGGACCAGGGCUCGGAGUUCUCACGGCCCUUCCCUUUCUCUUCCAGCGAGAAGACCGAAUCCAACAGCGACGGCUCCGCCACUGGAACUGGACGGCUGAAGCGGAAAGCUCUGACGCCGUCGGCCCCGCUGGCUCUGAUGCCCCCCCCUCCCUCCGGAGACACCCAGGUCACCACCGUCACCCGGCUGCAGAUGCAGCUCCACCUCCACGACCUGCAGCAGAAUGCCACUGACCUGCGCAAACAACUCUCCCAGCUCCGCAAGAUGCAGCUCCAGAACCAGGAUAGUGUGAAGACGCUGCUGAAAAGAACGGAGAAGGAGCUGAACGUGCGUGUGAGUGACGCUCUGAGGAAACAGGAGGACCCUCUGCAGAGACAGCGCCUCCUGGUGGAAGAGGAGAGACUCAAGUACCUCAACGAGGAGGAGCUUAUCAUCCAGCAACUCCAUGACCUGGAGAAGUCAGUGGAGGACAUCCAGAAGGGUUCAGCUGUCAAUCACAAGCUGGUGACGGUUCAGGAGCUGGAGGAGAAGGCCUCGCUGCUGAGGAAACUAGGAGAGACACUCACAGAGCUCAAGAACCAGUUCCCCAGUCUGCAGAGUAAGAUGCGGGUGGUGUUGAGGGUGGAGGUGGAGGCCGUCAAGUUCCUGAAGGAGGAGCCACACAGACUGGACGCCCUGCUGAAACGCUGCAAGAGCGUCACUGACACACUGACCACCAUGCGCAGGCAAGUGAAUGAGGGCAUAUGGAAGAAGCAGGAGGACUUCCCCAAGCACAGCGGUGAGGACUUCCGUAAGAGUUCCGACUUUGACAUGCCCACCAGCCCCCCUCUCAACCUCAGUGACCUGAGGGGCGGCAGCAGCCUGUCAAACUGGAGCCCCCAUUCCAGCCACAGCCAUAGUCAAAGUCAUGGCCAUGGGCACAGCAACCCCUCCUCUGGCCCCCACAGGGACAACCACCCCCCUGUGCCUCACAAGGGUCGGGCCCUGGAAGAGCUGGCCAACCGCGCUGCUGCUGAUAAGGCUGUGUCUGUGGAGGUUCGACUGGCAGCAGAGCGGGACUGGGAGGAGAAGCGGGCCAGUCUGACCCAGUACAGUGCUCAAGACAUCAACCGUCUGCUGGAGGAGACCCAGGCUGAGCUGAUGAAGGCCAUCCCAGACCUGGACUUUGCUGCCAAGCAGAUCAACAAGCCCUCCUCCAACACGCCCUCCCAGUCUCAGACCCCCCAGAGCGGGGGAGGGAUCCCAGAGCACCGUCCUACCAAGCCCCAGCAUGCUACACACAAGCUCUCGGGGAAGGAGCCUGGCUCCAGACGUGGCUCUGAUGUAGAGCAGCUGACGGUGACUCGGUAUCGCACAGAGAAGCCCUCGAAGUCGCCCCCUCCCCCGCCACCUCGACGCAGCUUCCCAUCAUCCCCGUCUGGCCUGACCACCCGCAGCGGAGAGACCCUUAUCCCCGGCAAGAGCAUUAAGUCGGAGGCAGAGGAGGCAGAAACACAGAAGCCCCAUGUGCAGCUACGACGGACAGUGUCUGAAAACCCCCGUCCUGCGUCCACCCCUCCCACCAUCGCCUCUGGAGACAAGGAGGAGGGAGAGGAGGACAAGAUCACUGCUGAACUGGAGCUGUCUAGAGUAUCGUUGGACUGCUCUGGCCUACAGUGGAAGCAGGGCAGCUCAGAAUACACUUCCAGCAUACUGGCAUCACACUCACAGAGCAUGGCCCUUCCUGGUCCGUCCUUCUCUCCAGUCCCCCGGAUUGUGUUGACAGAGUGCAUGUCAGUUCCACUCUCUCCCUCAGAAGGCUUUGUCAGAGAAUUGACACAGGACCAUCAGAUGUCCCUGACAGUGGACCAGUCCCAGAGCCAGACUGCUCCUCUCCAGGCAGUCCCCCAGAUCCAGGUCUCUAAAAGGAAGGAUCCUGUCAGCCAGGCCCAGAGGAAGCCCUCUCGGCGGGGGGAGCUGAGAAUCCAGGAGUCCUUUGAGAAGGAGGAAGAGAGGGAGGAGAGAGAGGAGCUGUCCUUGGUACUGACUGAGCUGGAGGUGAGAGUGAUGUCACCCUCGCAGGCCCAGGAGCUCAGCAGGACCAUGGGAGAGGCUUUACAGACACUCACCAUCCCAACUCAGCCUUCAGAGGGAACCACUGAAGCCCGUCUGUGUGGGGCUCCACUACUGGUACUCUUCAGGGAGACUGUGACGGUCAGAGAGGCCUACAGGCAGCUGCAGUUACUGCUGGGCAGGGUGGAGGACACAGGGUCAUCCAAGGCGGUCCCCAAGCCCAGAGCAGGACCUUCUCACAGCAGCCUGAGCAGCAGCCCCAGUCCCCUGGGUUCCAGGAUAACUCUCUCCCCUGAGCAGCAGGUCUCUCUGAGAGAGGCUCUGAGGAGAGGGGUGGAAACAGGCGACAGGAACCUGACACUACCUCACAGCAGUGGAACAGAGCGCAUUCUAGCCACCCUUCCGGAGCCCAGUCAGGACUCUGCAGAAGCAGCAGUGAAACCCAAUGGGUCUGCAUGUUUUGAGGAGAGCCAGGCCAGGGAAGGACAGGGACAGAACCCCUGUAAGCGGGGACAAGACAUCAGGAGCAGCACCUACAGGAGGCUGGACAACCUGGAGGAGACCAUCCGCGAGCUGGAAAACACCCUGCUGGAGCUCAGUGGCCACCCCACCACACUCCCCACUGACACCGCCCUGUCAGAGGCUCCAGACCCAGCCCAGAUGCCUGGCACCAGCACCACAGAGACCAAGAAGCCCCCAGUCCCACCCAAGCCCAAACCCUCCUUCACUCCUUCCAAGGGAGGGAACAGCUCUUCAGCUGUGGGUAAAGUCCACUCCUCGGCUGCCUCCAGACUGAAGCACCUGCAGCAGAGCAGCACAGAGAAGACCAAAACUGGCAAGAGGGAGGACUUCCUCAAGGGCCAACAGCAGUGAGUGAGGGACCAGCCUGUGCCCUGUGCCUGUGCUCUCCAGACUCCUCCUCAUCACCAACCACCUGACUACAGAGCUGCAUCUGACCCCCCACCCCAUCCCCUGCUACUCCUAGUCCACCCCCUUAAGCCCCCCUCCCCUCUGUUGGCUUAACAUGGGUAUUGGCAGAGUCUCUGACUCCUGUACCCUCUCACAUCCUACAUUGACCACACAAUGCACAGGAUAUCUACCCUGUGUGUGUUCUGUUUGUGAAUGUGCAUGUCUGUGUGAAUGGAAGGGUGCUGUCGGGGACCACUACCAACUAUAUGACUGUUCUCUCUUUUUUCAUUUAUCUUUUCCCCCCUGAAACAUUUCCAAUUUUCCCCAAUUCUCCAUGUUCCACCUCCUGUUCCUGGUCUGUACCUGGGUCUGACCCAUAGGCCCUUGGGAACAGCAGCAGCAGUAUUAAGCCCCUCCUGUCAGGCACCAAAGCUGACAGUUUCUCCGGCCGCCUGCCCUCCUCCAG